AUGUCUACUGUCAACAAGGGGAGUUCAUUGCCAGGAGGGACUCCCCCAGCUAGGCACCUUGUCCAUCAUGUGGAUGAGGACAAGGGCUUCUUCCUAAACCCUAGCUCAGUGAAGAUCAGUCCUCGAGUUACUGACCCUUUCCUGAAUGACAGGGAAAAGUUCCCAAAUUUUUACCGCACCAUUCCUAGUAGCUGGGUUUGGUAUGAGAUGGUUAUAAAGGUCCUAAAACUUUUUGGAUGGAAUUGGGUUGGAAUCAUCACAUCAAGUGACGGCACUGGAGAAAUGGAACUGCAGAUGCUGAGAAAAGAGAUGGCCAGACAUGGGAUCUGUAUAGAGUUUGUCAUCUACCUGACCAACAAUGUGGAAAUUAACAGACUGAGAAUGGUGGCCAUUGAGAAGUCCACUACCGAUGUUGUUGUAGUAUGUGGCCAUUUUAUAUCUGAAUAUAUUGUCUUUUGUACAGAAUCAAAAGCUCUCAGAGAAAAUAUCACAUUAAUUCUUAAUCAGUCAUGGAAUGUAAUUUCGUAUUCAGACAUCAAUAUGCGGGAAGCAUGUAACUGCAGCUUAUUACCGUUCUAUCCUCCCCGCUACAUACCUGGAUUAGAUGUUUAUAUGGAGAAUGCACAUUCAUCCAAAUUCCCAGACGAUCCAUUGCUUGAGGAUAUUGGGCUUGUAAAGUUUAACUGUCUUUCUUCUAAUGAAGAGAAAAAUAAAAUAUUAAGAUCAUCUGGUCUUCUUCCUAAUGUCACCUGCACUGGGCAAGAAUGGAUCACACAUCGCUUCAGUGCCAAGCAUGACUCAAAGUUUUAUUUUCUCUACACCGCGGUAUAUGCACUGGCUCAUGCUUUGAAUAAUCUGAAAAUAAGUAGAAAUACAUUUGGAAAGUAUGGAUUACGACAAAAAUUGAACAGAUACAUCCAGAGGGUUCACUUCAUGAGCACCACCAGAGAGGAGGUCUUCUUCAACGAGCGAGGAGAAUUACCUUCUGAGAUUAUUUUAGAAAAGCUCAUCCAUUAUGAUCUUUCACUGGAAAAAUUUGACAUCAAGUCAGAAUACAUUGCCAGCAGUUUGACUUUAGAAAAACCAAAGCGAGAACAUUUCCAAAAACAACUCCAAUGGAAACGGGGCAAAUUUCCCCAAGGUCGGUGCAAUGAUCCUUGUCCUCCAGGAUACAGGAAAGGUCCAUCUGGAGGAAUCCAUGCUUGCUGCUAUCACUGUGUGCCGUGUUCUGAUGGGGAAAUCUCUAAUGUAACAGACAGUGAGUUCUGCCACAGAUGUCCCGAUGACCAGUUGCCAGAUGAAAGAAGAGUAAUCUGUAUCCCCAAAGCAUAUGACUAUCUCUCCUAUGAGACAAACAUCCUAGCUUUAGCUUUUUAUGUUAGCUCUAUAUUAAGUACUGCUGGAACUCUCUAUAUACUGACAAUGUUUAUUUUACUCCGGGACACCCCGGUUGUGAAAGCCAAUAACCGGACUGUGAGCUUCAUCCUCCUGACCUCCAUCUUGCUGAGCUUCCUCUGUGUCUUCUUGUUUCUCGGACGUCCUGUGGAUAUAACCUGCAUUCUGAGACAAACGUCCUUUGGGGUCUUGUUCUCCAUCGCUGUCUCUUGUGUUCUGGCCAAGACCAUUACUGUCUACAUUGCCUUCAAAGCCUCCAAACCCGGCAGCCACUGGAGGAAGUGGGUGGGAAAUAAGUUGUCCACUUCUGUUGUCAUAAUCUGCUCCUCUGUCCAAGUUCUGAUCUGUGUUAUUUGGCUGUCAGUAUCUCCUCCCUACCAAGAGUAUGACAUGGACUCCUAUCCUGGGAAGAUCAUCAUUCAGUGUAAUGAAGGGUCAGUUAUCGGGUUCUACUCUGUGUUGGGUUAUAUGGGGUUUCUGGCAGCUGUGAGUUUUCUUCUGGCUUUCAUGGUGAGGACAUUACCGGAUAGUUUUAAUGAGGCCAAGUACAUCACCUUCAGCAUGCUGGUGUUCUGCAGUGUCUGGAUUGCCAUGAUCCCGGCCUAUCUGAGCACCAGAGGGAAAUACAUGGUGGCUGUGGAAAUAUUCGCCAUAUUGGCCUCCAGUGCUGGAUUGUUAGGCUGCAUUUUCUUUCCAAAAUGUUAUUUAAUUAUCAUAAGACCUGAGAGAAAUUCCAGAAAAUAUAUUCUGGACAAAGUCAAUUCAUAACCUAUUUAUAAAAAAUGAUG